AAGCAUGCCUCCUAUUUUGCGUGGAGAAAUACUUCUGGACCGGAUGGGCGCACAAGCGCGCGUUAACUACGAACAACUGAAAAAAGAUGCAAUGGACUUAGAACUGCAAAUUAAACAACUACAAGAAAGCCUGGAUCAACUGGGUCGACAUCAAAGCAGGGGUAUCGAGAGUAAUCUUUACAACAAAGUAAACGAAAUACAGGAAGAUAUAUCUGUAAAGAAAUACGACUACAGAGCAACACAACUGCAUCUAGCCGCUGUCAGAGCUCAGAGGGAGCUGUUCGCGGCAAAGGCAGAUAGCGGAGCUGCGGCAGUCGAUCGAAAGUUGUCAUCAUCAUCGGCUGGAAGCAUGAAGAAUAAGUGGUUAAAGGCUUUCCGAAGCCUGAAGCCGCCUAGCGCUCCCCCACCCCAUGCUGCGCCACCAGACAAGAGGAAUGGAGCGGCAAGAGACGCAAUGCGCGCCGGCGGAGAUUCCGAGGCACAUAAUUUUCAAGAAUACACCUACAAGAAAAUCACGCCUUGCGAUGUUUGCUCACAAGUGCUACGAGGUCACACUCGCCAAGGGCUUCGUUGUCGAUUAUGCAAAUUGAACGUGCACACCGACUGCAUGCCGCAAGUCGGCAGGUGUCAGACCAAAUCUCGACUCCUGCGCCGACAGAAGAGUACUUCCGAGAUAGAGUCUCACAGAGUGCUGGAAACAGCCUUCGACGAUGAAAAGACGGAGGUGACGACCACACGACCUUUCGGACAGCCCCUAUGUUUAGUUAACGAAAACGGCGAUCCACCGCCUUCAAUUCUCAAGUCCACAGCGAGCGUCCGCAAGAAAUGAUUAGCGAGAUAGCAAACCCAAGGGAUCGAG